UCCAUGCUCACCGCCGCCAUGCACAUGCUGGACUCCACCUACGCCUCCCCUUGGCCUGACCGCCACCGCCUCAUGUCGCAUCCCUCGCCGCCCGCCACCGCCACUCUACACCACCACCUCCGCGCCGCCGCCACCAGCCGCCGCGUCGCCAAGCGCCGCCCGCGCCCGUCGCGGCGCCAGCCCACCACCUACAUCACCGCCGACCCGGCCAGCUUCCGCCGCAUGGUGCACCAGGUCACCGGCGCCGACAACCUCCCGCCGCCUCCACCACCGUCCUUCUCUCCGCGGCCGGAGCUCCUCCACCCUGUAGUGCCCGCCCCAGCGGGCUCGGCCGCGCUGAUGCUGCCCACGCUCGACACCUCGGCCUUCCUUCUCCGCCGCAGGGCGCCGGAGCCGGCGGCCCAGACCGAGGCCGCGGCGCCGGCGGCGGUGGCGUUGAUAGGAGCACCGGGGGGCAACUACAGCAGCAGCAGUAGCAGCAGCGGCGACCAAAAUGGGUUCCCGACCUUGGACUCGUGGGAUCUUCUGUAAAUCAUAUCGAUCGGUUUCUGAUUCUGCAUGGCUGUAAUUGAUUAAGAGUAAGACAGCAUCGACGAACAUGGAUUGGGCUAUCGGUUCUGUGUUUAUGCUGCUUACUUAAUUCAGAUUUUUUUUUCCCAUGUUUCUUAAGGCGAUUGUUAACCAAGCUCGAUGUGCUCCUCCUACUGAGUUCCUGCGGCAGCCUCAGGGUUCUUAAUUUUUACAGGUUUAGCUUCUUGUUAAUUGUGGAGUACCACACUUCACUGCAGGUCUGCAGUUCUUUUUUUCUUCUGUUUUAUUUGUUCUUGGUUUUUCUAUUGGUUUAGAGUCUUUUGAUGAGUACUCCUUCCAUAGAGUUAUUACUACCAGCAGCAUCUCUCAAUGAAAAUGCCCUUGUUUCAUUUGGUUGCUUG